GUGUAGUGUGGAAUACCGGUCCGUGUCUUGACUUCGGGCGCAAAUAGAUAGAAUCGGCUGGCAAAAUGGCCAUUUCACAUGAAAUACUUAAGCGCAUAUCUAGCCCUGAGCGUGAUUUUGUUCAGAACCUUGCCUACGGCGUAAAGUUAUGGAAGUCACCCAGUUUCUACUACAUGUCGAAGUAUGAAGUAAUUUUCGGAUACUUUAUCAACGGGUUAACUGAUUGUUACCAAACAGUGAGCGAAGGGGCCGAUGGGAGCUUUCACGAAAGCUGGCAAACCGUGAACGAUUUCCUAUCACUGCCAUGCCCGCCAAAUGCACUGCCGCCGAAUUGUGUGACCCGAUUGCAACAAGUUUUGCACGCCUUGCAGGGCAAAGACAAAAUAGGUCGGCAGCAGCUUUUGGAAACAUUUUUGAUUGUGGCGUCCGAUGCAAAGUUUAGAAACGUGUACAAGUUUAAUUUCAUGGCCUACGGGGAAGCGCUAUGGAUCGUCCUGCAGCACUACAAAAAGUGCAUCGUUAACAACAGACCCAAGGAAGAGGAAGAGAAAACGAUCGAUCGGAUCUUCAACGACCUGAAGAUCUAUUUGAAAUCUGCCGGUGAUGAUCCCAAAUUUCAGAAAGCCUUCGAGCACUUUGUUGUGCCGCUAGCAGAGGUGGUAUUGCUGCUUGAACGUCGUGGCGUGAAUCGGCGAGAAGAGUUGUUGGACUGUUUAAAAGUGGUGUAUUUUGGAGAAGAAAAGGCCGCUUCAUACUAUCGCGUAACGAAUCAUUCGAAAAAAUUGUUCAUGGGCUGCUUCAAUGUGAACAAAUUCCCGUGGCACAUGAUUGCAUUGCUGAUCGAAGGAUAUUUACGCUCAUAUAGGAACCAGAAGAUGGAGGUGUUGCUUUUCCUGAAGUACUAUCUGCUGCACAUAUUCGUUGACGAAAGCCGAUCGAUUGUUCCUAGCAAUGAUCGAAUAGUGGCCAUCACAAAGUACGUGUUUGCUUUGCUGCGGAAGUACUUCAUCAACAUUGAUCAACAAUUGCUAGUAGAUUUCAACUUUACCGAAAUCUUCACGUUCAAGCUUACUGAAUUCGUAAACGUGUGUUCGUCGUCCGGUCCAUUGCUGCGAGAUUUAUACAAACUAAUUUGCGCAAUCAACGAAUACAACCCACUCAUCCUGGAGAAGAACAUCAUCGGAAUCAUACUGAAAACGAUGUUCUUACGCAAAGAUCAAGAAACGCUCAAGUGCUAUCAGGAGGUACUUAUUUCGACGAUGAAAAUGUACACGAAGCUGAACAAAAAUGAAAACUUUCGCGACGAGCUUUUUAUGAAGCUCGAAGAGUACCUGGACGAAAACAAGCUUGAUCAAUCCAUCCAAGAGCUAAGAAACCACUCCGGUAUGCAGAAUGGCAAAAGAAAAAGUGAACGUACGGACCUCAACGAAACAUGUGAUAAGAAAAUGAAGCUUGCUGAUGGAUCUUCUGCCAAAAAAUUGUCAAAGAAGUCCAAAAGUGAAGUCUUUUUUGAUCUGUUACUUUCGGAAAAGACGGAAAUGGACGGGUUGAAAGUAACGCCACGUUUUCAGCUGCAAAACGGUUGGCCCGCUCUUUCAUUUGCAUGGCCAGAUAUGGACGGAUGUCUAAGUGAUGCCAUGAUGGAGUUUAUGAAGGUGCUGCUGAGAAAGCGUAGCUUUCUCUUCUGGAAUAAGUUUGUGUCCCUGUUGAACGAGGCUAUCGAGAUGCCGGGGGAGGAGCACACCGAAAGUAGCAUUUUCCAGAUGGAGCUGGCCAUGUGUUGGAUGUGUUACUUCUUCGCCGGCAAUACGCUGAUCGAAAACUCGUAUCUUUUCUGGGAAAAGUUGAGUAAACACAUUGCCAGCACGGACGAGAUGAUGGCUAACUUCGCUCACCAGUUCCUGCUGGGCGAAGUACCCGGAGAUGCGCGGCUCUACAGUGCUUUUUGGAAGAUGGUAUACUUUUACGGUAACUAUCGUCUGAUGGUGGAAUACUAUCGACCAGAUUCAAUCGAAUCGAGCGACGACCAAGAUAUAUAUUUCUAUCUGAGUGAAGCUGAGUGGGAAAAGAUCGAAAAGCGAACGUCGCCUGAGGACGCACCGGUCCUGAAUCGCGUGCUGCUCCAAAAAAUUCGUCAAAACGACCUAAACCAGAAGGAUCUAGGUCCCGAGAAGGAAGAAGCACGCCAGGAACUUAUCGCUAGAGUUGUCGAUAAUUACGGGGCGGAAAAUUUGCGCUGGGUGCUACUUGAACGAUCGUCUAAUAGUUGGUUUUUGUCGCUACUCUCCAAACAGCAACAGAUAGUUGUUGUGGACCACCUUCUCGAUCGGUCUUUUUGUUCGUCGGAAGAGCUGAAACAACUUCUGUUAGACAUUUCACCCACUGAGGAACUGUUGGAGGUAAUUCUGCUAACCGCAAUCAAACGGAUUCUGUCAAAAUGCCUUACCAAGUGUGAAAAGGCUGUGUCGCGCAAGUUGCCGUUCGAAAAGCUGUACGAGAUGAACGGAUCGGAGCUGUUACCUCUCCUGAAGAAACUUCUCGAGAAGAGUGCACGGACAAACACGACAAACCAUUCCGUCGAAGCUGCUAAUAUUGAGGAAAUGAAUCACCUGUUGGAUGUGCUAGAGGAGAUCAGAAUAGAUUAUUUCACCAAAGAACGGAAGACAGUUCUUUUUGCUGUGUUUUUGAUCCUGCUGGUGGAUGUACGUGGCUUGGAUGGGGGAAAAAUCGCCCAACGCCUCGAAAACCAGUUAAUCCGACAUAUUUCACACGGAACGAUACCCAACGUGAUAGGAUUCGCCAGCAUCGAAACCCUGCUCAGUAUCUGCGGCCAAUCGUCACUGUUGGUAACAAUUUUCCAGCUACAAGCAGCAUACCUGACAGAGGAAGCAUUCAACGAAAUGAUAAAAAUCUUGGACGGUUUUUCAAAUGAGAGCGAUAUACGCUUCGAUGUACUGCUUUUGGUAUUCAACAGUUUGCUUAAGGGCGGUGCGAAUCGAUUGAAAACUAUCCCAGCCGAGCAAUUGAGUGAGAAGUUGGAUGAGUUUGUGGCAGUUAUUGAUGCGUUCUUGUUUACCAAAACCCCCAAAAGGCAACGGAAUAAAAAUAUCGGCGAUUUCAAUGAUGCAUUGAAGGGUUGUGCUUUAACUAUUCACUACAAGGCCACUCACAAAAAGGAGAUGACUUCAGAAAUGCGAGGAAGUAUCCUCCAUUAUGUCACGCAGGCGCUCACAAAUACCAGCUCCUCGUCGUGCUUAUUGCUGACAAAUUGCAUCCAGUACAAGGACUUUUUGAAUUUUGAACCAUCUACUCUCGCUGCGAUCGUAGAGAACCGUUGGCAGUUAUUUUUGAAGAUGGCGCAGGAACAGACGGUAUCGAAGGGGCAUGACAUCAAAUUGGAAGAACAAUCAAUCGAUCAGCAACAUAUGAAAACGUUCGUCACUUUCCUCACCGGUCAACUACCGGCGGCAGAGUGUGGCAAAAAGUUUGCCCAGCUCGAUGCCACCCUAGCGAACCAUGUUGGUGGGCAAGGUUAUGCAGGGCUAAAAUCGGUUCUACGGGCUUUCACCAUCCUCGCACGCAUUGGCUUCGGUGUAAAGUGCAAGGAGGAUAUCAGCAAUGCGUUUGUGAAACCAUUUUCAAUUGUCAUUGCCCGGAACGUGAUGCCACUGUGCGUACUAAAUGAGUUCCAUCACGAUGUGGCGCUUCUGAUGGAGAUUCUGGAUUGCUUUAACGCGGUGAUCGCCAAUCGAGGCAUCAAACUCUCGCCGACCGUGUUGGACCAUAUGCUGGAGUUUAUGAGUGCAGUAAACAUUCGGAAGAUCCCCGUGAAGGAAAGCGAAGAGCAGAGCUUCUACAAACUUCACCGCCUGCUGAGUGAUGUAAUGUUCGUACUGCUGAUGGUACGAUCGAACUACGUUGUCCACCGGUUGCCACAGUACCUGCUUGUGUUCCAGGGUCUGGUCGGUGCCAUCAUCUGCUACAAGGACAGCUUGCCGGUGGAGCAGAGCUUAAACAGUUUCGAAAUACUCACCAUCUCCGAUUUGUUAGUGCCGUUGGAAAAGAUCACGGGUUACGCAGUGAAAAAUCUACCGAAAGAUAUCCGCAUACUAGCCCCGUACGUGUUGGCACAGAUCCUAAACACUAUCAUUCAAAGCAAGCGCUCAACGACCCUGCAGCAACGGGUUGCCCAAAAGGUGUACAAUAUCUGCUUCGAGUUGAUCGCCGUCUAUGAUGGACAUUCGUCGUCCUAUCUGCUCCGCACGAUGGACGAAAGCAGCCGCCUACUGUUCACAGAUAUCGUGAAGCAGUACAAGAAAUUCCGUUCCUACAAAGGACUGGCAUAAGUUUACUCCCCGUGAGUAAGUUCACUUGUUCAAUAAGUUUUUGUUGGUAAGAAACAGUGCCCACGUGUGAGGCAAUAGAUGAUAUACAUAUUUUCUGAACGACA